AUGAGGCCGUACACGCCCGUCAGCCACGUGGACCAUCGCGGCAGCUUCGACAUCAUGGUCAAAAUCUACGCGGCUGGCGUGUCCAGGAAGUAUCCCAACGGUGGCCUCAUGAGCCAGUACUUGGACAGCCUCAAGCCGGGAGAUAAGAUGCAGAUCCAGGGACCCAAGGGUCGCUUCGUCUACCAAGGACGCGGCAAGUUCGCCACGGCCGACGGACAUCAGCUGCCGCUCGUCGCUCGACUGGGACUUGUGGCGGCAGGGAGCGGCGUGACCCCGAUGCUGCAACUGCUGAGGCACCUGCUCGCCGACAACGCGGACCGGACGAGGGUCAUGAUGAUCGACGUCAACUCCAGCGAGCAGGACAUCAUCGCACGCCAGGAACUGGACGAUUACGCGAAGAACCACGCUGCCUUCAGCAUACGUCAUGUGCUGAGCAGACCACCCCCGUACGAAGGCAUGUUGGAGUACGUACCUGGUCCCCUGAACCAGGACAUUCUCACAGAGCACCUUCCACCUCCAGACUCUGACACGAUGGUGCUCUGCUGUGGACCACCCCGUCUCAUCACCGAAAUAUGCGAGCCAGCACUUAGAGACAUUGGACACAGGGCCAGUCAAGUGCUCUGCUUUUGA